AGGGGGCUGGAGUAGGUGGGCGGGAAGAGAGGAGGCGAGUGUCACGGACAGUAAGAGAGGGAAGGAACAGCGCUUGCUGGAGCUGCUGACUGGGUGUUCAAGUGUGUGAUUUGCAACAUCAAGCAGAACUUGUCUGAAGCCCUUCCUGGGAUUUUGAAGAGGACCCAAAGAAUCACAGCGAGCUGCCAGGUAGGAGAUUGAACCAAGAAUCCUUCAGCAACUGCCUGGCUGCCCAGCAACGCCGCGAUGAGCGAGAGUCGAAGGGAAGCGCUGGCGGCCGCGGCGCCGGAGCUCACCACUGCCUCCUCCUCUACAGCUGGCUCCAACACCACCAGCAUGGCGGGACCGGGUACAGGGGAGAAGGACGAAGCCUUCUCCAAGCUCAAGAACAAGUUCAUGAACGAGCUCAACAAAAUCCCAUUGCCGUCAUGGGCCAUCGUCUCGAUUGCUUUCGUGGCCAUCAUUCUGGUGUUGGCUUGCUGCUUUUGCGUUUGCAAAAAGUGGAUUUUCAAAAAGAAAAACAAAAAGAAGGGCAAAGAUAAGGGCAAAAAUGCCAUCAACAUGAAGGACGUCAUGGAUGGGGCAAAAACCGAGGCCUUGAAGGAUGAGGAGGAUGCAGAGACAGGGCUGACGGAAACGCAGAAAGAGGCCGAGCCAAAGGAGGAAGAGAAACUGGGCAAAUUACAAUACUCCCUGGAUUAUAAUUUCACCGAGAAUACGCUCAUGGUGGGGAUCAUCCAGGCUGCAGAGCUGCCUGCCAUGGAUAUGGGAGGGACAUCGGACCCUUAUGUGAAGGUCUACCUUCUGCCUGACAAGAAAAAGAAAUUUGAGACCAAAGUCCACAGGAAGACCCUAAAUCCCGUCUUCAAUGAGCAGUUCAUGUUCAAGGUGCCCUACGUAGAGCUUGGUGGAAAAACGCUGGUUAUGACGGUUUACGACUUUGACCGCUUUUCCAAGCACGAUGCCAUCGGCGAUAUCAAGGUGCCCAUGAACAAGGUGGACUUCAGCCGCGUAACAGAGGAGUGGAGAGAUAUACAGAGUGCUGAGAAGGAGGAGCAAGAGAAGCUGGGUGAUAUCUGCUUCUCUCUGCGAUACGUUCCCACCGCCGGCAAGCUGACCGUGGUCGUCCUUGAGGCCAAAAACCUGAAAAAAAUGGACGUGGGUGGCUUGUCAGGUGAGCUGAAAUGGAGUUAAUAUGUACCCACUGAC